AUAUAUUACCUAAAUAGAAGACAAACUACUCGGAAUACAGUGCACAUUGAGGAGAGAUGAGGAAACUGAAUAUAACUCUGAUCCUAAGUACAAAGAUCACUGGGGUGGGGAGGGGGUGCAGGAGCACUCUCAUUAAAGCACUGUAGGGGGUGAGUAGUGUAAAAAUAAAAAAAAUCAAGGUGGGGCAAUAGCAGGUCGGCUGUAACCAGAAAGGGGAGGAGGAAGCCUACGCAGGAAUUGAGGGAUUGGAACAGAAAAGUGGGUGGAGCCCAGUGGCUCCACCCCCUCUUCCUCCGGCUCCCCUAGGCUCCCGUACAACCUACUUGCUGUGGAGUCGGUCCAGACAGGAGCCUGGGGAGGGGCCAUGGUGCCAAGCCAGUUGUGGGGGAGACUGGAGAAGCCGCUUCUCUUCCUGUGCUGUGCCUCCUUCCUCCUGGGGCUGGCUUUACUGGGCAUAAAGCCAGACAUCGCCCCUGUUGCUUAUUUCUUUCUCACCUUGGGUGGUGUCUUCUUCCUUGUCUGCCUCCUGGCCUGUUCUCUGGAAUGGGGGUACCGAUCAAGGCAGACGGAGAGCACAGGGGCCUCAGGCAAUGCACGUGACAAUGAAGCCUUUGAGGUGCCAACCUAUGAAGAGGCUGUGGUGGAAUCACAAUGCCGCCCCCAGCAGUCCGAUCAACCACCGCCCUACAGCAGUGUUGUCAUCCCCCCAGGACUUGAGGAAGGACAGCCUAGCCAUCCAGAGGGGCCCGAUAGAGCCAGACUGGAAAGGCGAGUGGGCUCAGAGGGAUCUAUGACCCCACAAAACUCUGGAAGAGUUCCAGUCAGCCUUCGGCUUCGGGGACCCCGGGUCACGUCCACUGUCCCUGAUCUGCAGAGCUUGGGGUUGCCCCCCAAAUUGGAGCCCCUGACUCCUCCCCCUGACUAUGAUGUCAGCUUCGGUCAACCUGAUGACGAUGUUUUCUUUGAAAACAACUGGUCGCCCCCUUAAAAGACUUUCCUGCGAUCUAUCCUCUCUGCACCAGACCCAUUCGUGAACUCGACC